AUGAGCGUCUUUAAAUCUGCCAUGGGCUAUUUUAGCUCAGGAGGCGCUAACGGUGGUAGUGAUAAUGAUUUUGUUGGUCAGUUUGUUGAAAUAGGAAAUAUGAAAUUACGAGUCAAAAAGGUGAUCGCAGAAGGUGGUUUUGCUUUUGUAUUUGUUGCCCAAGAUGUAUCUACAGGCACCGAAUAUGCUCUGAAAAGACUCAUGGCAGCUGAUGAGCAGGCCAACAAAAAUAUUAUACAAGAAAUUAGCCUACUAAAAAAAUUAUCAGGACACCCUAACAUUAUCAAAUAUAUAGCUGCAUCUUUUAUUGAUAAGGCAAAGACAUCACAUGGAAUGGGAGAGUAUUUGUUGUUGACUGACCUGUGCAGUGGAGGCAGUUUGAUGGAAGCCUUACAAAACAGAGGGCAGGCCUUCCCAUUAUCUACUAUACUUAGGGUAUUCUACCAAACAUGCCGAGCUGUGCAGCAUAUGCAUGCUCAAGUGCCGCCAAUCGCACAUCGUGAUCUUAAGUUAGAAAAUUUCUUAAUAUCUAAUGAAGGUACAAUAAAACUGUGUGAUUUUGGUUCUGCUACUACUGACACUUAUGCACCAAAUCCAUCUUGGAGUGCAAAUCAGCGAAAUAUGUUAGAAGAAACGCUGGCCCAAUUCACCACACCUAUGUACCGAGCUCCAGAAAUGUUGGAUACAUGGGACAAUCGUAAAAUAGAUCACAGUGUUGAUGUGUGGGCUCUUGGGUGCAUACUUUAUACUCUGUGCUAUAUGCAACAUCCAUUUGAAGAUUCUGCUAAACUUGCAAUACUUAAUGGAAAUUACAACCUCAACCCAAAUGAUCAACGCUACAAAUGUUUUCAUGAAAUCAUAAAUGGUUGUCUAACAGUGAAUCCUGAGGAGCGAUUAACAAUAAGUAGUAUACUGGAGCGGCUGGCGGCAAUAGCGGAGUCCAAUAAUGUCAAUCUCAAGCAACCACUCAAAUUUGAGCGUAAAAAAGUUGAACAAUCUGUGGCCACUAGCUCGCCAGCUAACAAGGAUCCGGUGUCAAACAGUCAGGAGGUGCCGAACUCCCGGCCGCCGGAGCCGGCGCGCCCCCCUCCGCCCGCGCGCCCUCCCGCGGCGCCUCACUACCAACCACCUUUGCCGCAACAGCCGGUCAACUCGGGGGGACUGUUCUCCUCUAUUAAAGGAGGCGCCGGCAGCUUUCUUAAGAAUUUAAAGGAUACUUCUUCGAAGGUUAUGCAGACUGUCCAACAGUCUAUAGCCAGAACAGAUUUGGAUAUAAGUUAUAUCACUAGUCGCCUAAUCGUGAUGCCUUAUCCGUCUGAAGGAUUAGAGAGCGCAUAUAAAACCAACCACAUUGAUGACGUCAGGGCUUACCUAGAAAGUCGUCAUCCAGGCGGCAAAUACUGCGUGUACAACGCUUGGCGCGGUGGUCGGCUAACUUUCCCGAGACACGUUAUAAUCACUGACGCUUGCCGCGCACUAUGGCCGACACCAGUGCACCGAGCGCCCCUAUUAGCACCAUUAUAUAGUCUUCUACAGCAUAUGUACCACUAUCUUGGGAAGGAUGAAAGAGCAGCUUGUGUAAUCACGUGCCAAGAUGGGAAGCAAAUGUCAUGCAUGCUGGUAUGCGGUCUCCUACUCUACGCGAAGCUAGUAACGGUACCAGAAGACGCACUGCAGAUAUUCGCAGUGAAACGAUCUCCUAUCAACAUUCCGCCUAGUCAACUCAGAUACCUCUAUUAUCUCAGUAAUAUAAUUAGACCGGAACCAAUACUGCCUCACUUCAGACCAGUGAGUUUAGUGUCACUAACAAUCCAGCCAGUUCCACUUUUCACAAAAGCAAGAGAUGGUUGUCGUCCAUACAUAGAAAUAUAUAAUGAAGACAGAAUGCUGUUAUCUACUUUACAAGAUUAUGACAGAUUGCAUCUUUACACUAUGGCAGAAGGGAAAGUGACGUUGCCGUUAGACACGACGGUGGUGGGUGACGUGUGCGUGUGCGUGUACCACGCGCGACAGCAACUCGGGCGCGUGCACUCUGUGCCGGUACUGUCGCUGCACUUCCACACUGGCUUCCUCUCACCCAACCAGCAUGCUAUCAAGUUCACCAGGUCUGAAAUUGACGGGAUAGACGAAAUAAGUCCAGUGAAUGAUCAUUUCUCUAAUAAUACGCAUGCAGUAAUAAGUCUGGUGGUACAAAACGGGGAGAGACGCAAACCCCGCUCGGACCUGUGGGAGGAAGACCAUUCGUUUGCUAUACGCACACCCGAUGUAUUAUUCUCCACUAAUCUGGAAAGAGACGAAACUAUCGACAAUUUUGUCACCGCAGAUUACCCACCACGUGAAGCAGAACGUGAACGACCUCGUCCGGCACGCCCCGCGCCACCUUCUCCAGCUCCUCCCCACCGGCCACCCCCUCCUCAUACCCAACUCGCAACAACAACUCUCCCAAACGAUGCUGACGCAGACAACAUAGAUCUUCUCAAUCUCAACUUAUCCGGAGCUGCACCAGUUCAAGAGCAACGAACUGAGAAAAAGCUGGGCAAUCAAGACUCGUUCGAUUUCUUCGGAUUAAUGGAGAAGCCGACGACUGAUGAUAAUUUUGGGGAUUUCCUAAGUGGACAAGCUAAGGAUAACGCUCAGACACUUGCAACGGAAUCCAUAUUUGGUGAUCUACCACCACCGCCGACGGAACAAACACAACCUAGCAAUGUGAACUCGAGCGACCCUCUCAACUUCGACCCCUUCGGUCUGAACGAUCCUAUACCUGUUAAGCAGGAGCCGCUUUUAGCAUCUCAAUUGAUUCCAGGCGAUAUAAGUCGUCCGUCGAGCGUGCCGCUGGAGCGCGCGGGCGGUGGCGCGGGGGGUGCGGAGCCGCUGGCGGCGCUGGGCGCGCUGGGCGGCGCCGCGCUCAGCGCCGGCACCACGCCGCGCGCCUCGCCCGCGCACCGCGCCAGCCCGCAGCAGCCGCCCGUCCACACCCGCUCGCCCGCGCACCAGCCCGACUACAGUCGAGCACACUUCGAACCUGCAAAAACGCCCGGUGAGGAUAAACCCAAAAAAACUGGCGACGUAUUCGGCGAUCUGCUCGGUAGCCAAGGCUAUGACUUCGCGAAGAGAGAGACAGGACCUAAGACGAUGAACGCUAUGCGCAAAGAAGAAAUGGCCCAAACCAUGGAUCCGGAGAAAUUAAAAAUACACGAAUGGACGGAAGGCAAGAAAGCGAAUAUUCGUGCGUUGUUAUGUUCUCUUCACACGGUGGUGUGGGAGGACUGUCGCUGGACGCGUUGCGACAUGUCGCAGUUGGUGUCGCCUGCCGAUGUCAAGCGUAACUAUAGGAAAGCCUGUCUUGCAGUACAUCCAGAUAAGCAAAUGGGAACAGAUAAUGAGAAUUUAGCUAAAAUGAUCUUCAUGGAACUCAAUAACGCGUGGAGUGAUUUCGAGAACGACGCCAAGCAACAGAAUCUGUUUCAAUCGUAA